AUGUCUUUGGUGCAACAUGUCUCUGCAAUUGACGGCGUGGACCGCGAAAUAGAACCAGACCUUCGUGACGAUGAGACCAUAACCACCUACCAUGACGAAUCCUUAGUGCCGAUCCGACGCAAAAUUAGCUACGAUGUUCUACAUGAGCGCCAACAACCGGUGACAGAUGUCAAGUCGGGUACUCCGGCGUACGAGGUCUCGACUGCGAUUAGACUUGUCCAGGUCAUUAUCACGAUCCUCGCUUGUUGGUUCGCGUCUGGAAUUGUGUUCGGCUUCGCUGCUCUGAAGCCUGUCCUGAUCGACCAAGGCGUCUACCGCGACCUUUGCACGAAAGAGGAAUUGCGCGAUGGUGUAGAGGUUUGCUUUGAGCAAGAUCUUCGGCUGAAUUUCUUCUUCACCAUUGGCUCCAUCACCGCCAAUGUAUCUGCUCUGCCGGUCGGGACCAUCCUCGACCGAUAUGGUUCGCGCCUGUGUGGCUUCAUCGGGUCCGCUCUGCUUACCGCUGGUAGCUUGUUGAUGGCGCUUUCAUUUUCGCGACCGGAUUUCGAUGGGUACAUCAUUGCCAACUUCUUCUUAGCUCUUGGAGGGACAUUCAUCUUUGUGCCCUCGUUCCAGAUCGCGAAUGCGUUCCCCAAACGUGCGGGCAUCAUCGUCGCUCUGGUUACUGGCGCAUUUGAUGCGUCCGCUGCGGUGUAUUUAUUUUACCGAAUCCUCUAUGACAGCAACCCGGAGACUUUCACACCGCAGAGGUUUUUCCUAGGCUACGUGGCGGUUCCGAUCUUCCUUCUGGUUGCCUUGAUUACGAUCAUGCCUGCGAAAGAUUAUCAGUCGUCGCAUCAGCUGGAAGUCAAGAUGGAACAAGCCAAGGAUCCUACGCGGGAUAUCCACGAGUCAGACCAGGAGAUUGAAAGCGACUCGGAGCUGCGACGGGUGCGAAGUAAACGAGCCGAAGAACGCAUGGACGAUAUGCGCAUGAUCGACCGAGUCCUGGGUGAUGCCGACGAAAGAAGGCAUCGCGAGGAGCAGGAAGAGGAGCGCCAUGCGACCAGUGUCGUCUGGGGUGUCCUCCAUGGCUUGCCCGCACGCAAGCAGAUGGCCACGCCGUGGUUUAUUCUGAUCACCAUGAUGACUGUCCUGCAGAUGCUGCGGAUGAACUACUUCAUCGCAACCAUUCGGGCCCAGUACGAGUUCAUGCUGGCUUCCGACACGCAGGCUGAACAGAUCAAUGAGUUCUUCGAUGUCGCCUUACCGGUGGGUGGUGUCUUUGCCACUCCGUUCAUCGGUCUGCUCUUGGAUCAUUUGAGCGUUCCGAACAUGUUGACGGUCAUUGUCAUUCUGACAACGCUCAUUGGAGCCCUGAACUCGGUGCCAGCAGCUUGGGCCGGUUACACCACCGUGACGCUAUUCGUCCUGCUGCGCCCUCUGUACUAUUCAGCCAUGUCGGACUACGCCACCAAGGUGUUCGGCUUUGCAACAUUUGGGCGCGUGUACGGGACCAUUAUUUGUGUGUCCGGCUUGGUGAACUUCAGUCAAUACGCGCUGGACGCAUUGACACACGGACCGUUCGACGGCAACCCAAUCCCUAUCAACAUCUUCCUGGCAGCCGCUGGGUUCGUGAUAGGUACAGUACUUGUUUCCUAUGUGCAGAUUGCCGGUAGACGCUUGAGCGAGAAGAGACUGGCCUUGGAGGGGGAGGAAGAGCGAGAACGAUUAAUUCCGAUUGACGAGGAGGAUGUUUGA